AUGCCACUGGGCAGACUUCCUGGCUGGCUGAAUGCUGUGGCCUGUGGACUCCUGAUUAUCCUCCUCCAUGCGCAGGGUCAAGACUCAUCAGAGGCCAGCCCCAUCAGAAACACAAACACAGGCCAGGUCCGAGGCAGCCUUGUCCAUGUGAAAGACACCAAAGUUGGUGUCCACAGAUUCCUGGGAAUUCCCUUUGCCAAGCCACCUGUAGGACAACUGCGCUUUGCACCCCCUGAAGCCCCUGAUCCGUGGAAUGGUGUGAGAGAUGGAACCUCGCAACCGGCCAUGUGUCUACAAAAUGAUGAUAUAAUGAAUUUAGAUGGCCUGAAGAGGAUAAAGCUGAUCAUGCCUCCCAUCUCUGUGUCUGAGGACUGCCUGUAUCUUAACAUCUACACACCAGCUCAUGCCCAUGAGGGCUCUAACCUACCUGUGAUGGUGUGGAUCCAUGGUGGUGCUCUGGUUAUAGGCAUGGCUUCCUGGUACGAUGGAUCCAUGCUGGCAGCCAUUGAGAAUGUGGUGGUGGUCAAUAUCCAGUACCGUCUGGGUGUCCUGGGCUUCUUCAGCACUGGAGACCAGCACGCCAGAGGCAACUGGGGCUUCUUAGACCAAGUGGCUGCCCUACGCUGGGUCCAGCAGAACAUCGCCCACUUUGGAGGCAACCCUGACCAAGUCACCAUUUUUGGCGAGUCUGCAGGUGGCACAAGUGUGUCUUUCCAUGUUUUGUCCCCCAUGUCCCAAGGACUCUUCCACAGAGCCAUCAUGCAGAGUGGGGUGGCCCUGCUUCCUCGCCUUAUCUCUAACACCUCUGAGAUGGUCUUCAUGACGGUGGCAAAUCUAUCUGGCUGUGCAACUUUGAACUCAGAGGUCCUGGUGCACUGCCUUCGAGGCAAGAGUGAAGCAGAAAUUCUGGCAAUUAACAAGGCCUUCAGGAUCAUCCCUGGUGUGGUGGAUGGGAUGUUCCUACCCAGGCAUCCUCAGGAGUUGUUGGCCUCUGCUGAUUUUCAUCCUGUCCCCAGCAUCAUUGGUGUCAACAAUGAUGAGUGUGGCUGGAUUCUCCCACUAAUCUUCAACUCUUCUCAAACAUUAAAGAAAAUAACCAGAAAGACAGUGCAGGAUAUUCUGAAGAGCACAACAUCAGAACUGUUGAUGCUGCCUCCUGAGUGUAGUGACCUGAUAAUGGAAGAGUACAUGGGGGACACUGAGGACCCACAAACCCUCCAAAUACAGUUUACAGAGAUGGUGGGAGACUUCAUGUUUGUGAUCCCUGCACUCCAAGUAGCACAUUUUCAGCGUUUCCGUGCCCCUGUUUACUUCUAUGAGUUUCAGCAUCGCCCCAACUUUUUCAAGGAUUUCAAGCCUCGGCAUGUAAAGGCUGACCAUGGUGAUGAAGUUUUCUUUAUCUUUGGAUCCUUCUUCUGGGGUGUCAAAUUUGACCUCACUGGAAAGGAGAAGGGGCUGAGCAGGAGAAUGAUGAAGUACUGGGCCAACUUUGCACGAUAUGGGAACCCCAACAGUGAGGGUCUACCCUACUGGCCCAUGUUGGACCAUGAUGAGCAGUACCUGCAGCUGGACAUCAAGCCUGCUGUGGGCCAAGCCCUGAAGGCCAGAAGGCUGCAGUUCUGGACCAAGACUCUGCCCCAGAAGAUUCAGGAGCUAAAAGGGGCUCAUGGCAAAAACAAGAAUAUGUAA